CUCCACCACUGUAAUUGGCCCAUGGCGACUGAAGGGGCAUCCGAAGGAGCCAGCGGCUUGCAAGUUCUUCUCUCCACUUUGCAGAACUCAUAUGAAAGAGAUGUAACCCUGAACAUCAUCAGUGUGUUAAGUGAAUUGCUGUCUGCGGGGACACAAAAACGGAUUCAUUAUAUGAUCUCCAAAGGUGGCAGUGAAGCCCUGCUGCAAACCUUAGUAAACCUGGCAAGGUCCGACUCCCUUGACUAUAGCCUUCUAGUACCCCUUCUUACAUUGUUGGUCAAGGUUGGAAAAAAAGAUGGAAAGUUUGGAGAAAAAGCCCAGAAACUGGAAGCAACGGAUGUUACGCUUAGUUUAGCAAGAAAAAAUCUUACAAAGCUUGAGAACCUCACACCAUGUAUCUUGGCUUUACAAGUAUAUGCUUCCAAUGUUUCUGCUGGUGCUAUGUUGGGUAUCAAUGGUGCUCUGGAGCUGCUCUUUAAAGUCAUCUGCCCCUAUACCAGAAGGCACACGCAAACUAUCAAGGCAGCAAUUGAAGCAUUUGCAGCUCUUCUUAAAUCAAAAUCGAAUGGAAGAAGAGCUGUCAACAGGGGUUAUGUAAACAGUCUCCUGCAGUUCUACAAAGACUGGCAUCUCUGUGAUUCAUCUAACCGCUACAUACAUAUUCGGAGAGGUCUUAUACGGUGCCUAAAGCACAUAACCAAUAUCCGGUCUGGCAGAGAAGCCUUCCGGCAGGCCAAGGGCAUGGAAAUUGUCUUCUCUACAACACAAGAAUGUCUGCAAUGCAACAGCUUGGACUCCCUAGUGAAUGCUGCAAUUCAAGUUUUGAGAAAGUGUUGCCCAAAAUGUCCUCUACCAUUGUCCGUUAUAAAAAGUUCCUAUACAUUUCAUAUACCUGGAAUUACAGAUAUAUCUGCUCCCCCAAAGUCAUAUCCACAGGAAGAUGAAUCCGAAGAUGAAGAAGAAACAGAAAUGGAAGGGAUCAAUAGAAAUGAGGUUUUAGACAAAGAAGAAGAUGAUGACUUGGAAACUGAUCUGAAUAAACUGAAGUCAAGGCCUAAAGCAGAUCGAGAUGAAAAGGAACUUGAACAUUAUAAGAUUUUUUUCCCUGAACGCUACCUAGAUUUACAGGACCUGCAUUCUGAAAAUGAAGAAGUCAAGCCAAAUGCCGGAAACAUUUGUGUCACGUCACAUGCAAAUGCACAUAAUAUUCUGGCUGCUCAGAGGAUCCAAGAAGACUGCUGUGGGAAGAGCAUAACUGGGGAAAAAUAUCCCUCGUGGACUCAUUUUGAAAAAGAGAUACUACGAGCAAAGUGCAAUAGAUUACAUCUACUGGAAGCUGAAGCUACCAACAGUUUAACUAAAACCAGCUGUGAACUGAAUCACACAAGAAAUCCAUCAGCUUCACCUUCUGCCAGUUCUGGAUAUGUGGAGCCAACUUCACUUCCAAACAAAUGCACUAAACCAUUUAAAGUAAAACAGGGUGACUGGGAUGAAUCACAAAAUCAUGCAAUAGUAAAUCAGCUCUUGGAACAGCACAAAGGAAAUAUUCCAUUUCAUGAGCCUCAUCUGUACAUGGCUAAUGCUGAGAAGACCAAAUCUGUUCCAGAUUACAAAGUAUUGGCAUUUCCAGAUUUCUGGGGUCACCAUUACCCAUCCUAUUCUCAGCCUCUAGCAGACAAGAAGUUUGGAUCACAGAGGUACAAAAUAUUAGAAGAUAUCCAGCGCCAUUUGAAACCUGCUGACCUCAUUAAUCGAACUGUAUUUGACUUGGAAAACCCUAGUGUCUUGGAAAGCUGUGAGAAGGAGAAUUGUUUGAAAUUCUACUCCAAAUUUGAAUCAGGAAAUCUUCGUAAAGUUAUACAAGUUCGCGAGUUUGAAUAUGAUCUGAUUAUGAACGCUGAUGUUAAUACUGACCAGCAUCACCAGUGGUUCUAUUUUGAAGUCAGUGCAAUGAAAGCUAAUGUUCCUUAUCGCUUCAAUGUCAUUAACUGUGAAAAGGUGAACAGCCAGUUUAAUUAUGGUAUGCAACCUGUUUUAUAUUCAGUGAAGGAUGCAAUCUGUGGAAAGAAUUACUGGGUGAGAACUGGCUAUGACAUCUGUUAUUACAAAAACCUAUUUUGCUAUCGGGCAUCAGAUGAAAAAAAGAAGAGAAGAAGAAGAUAUUAUACACUUUCUUUUACACAAAAAUUUCCCCAUAUGGAUGAUGUCUGCUACCUGGCUUAUCAUUUUCCUUAUACCUUUACAGCACUUAUGUCCCACUUAGAGCUCUUACAGCAAAGGCACAAUUCUAAGACAAUAUACUUUAAGCAGCAAACCCUAUGUCACACAUUGGGUGGAAAUGCAUGUCCCCUGGUUACUAUUACUGCAAUGCCUUCAGCAAAACGGAGAAGUCACUACCAAGAAUUACGGAGCCGCCAAUAUAUGGUGCUCACCGCUCGCGUGCAUCCUGGUGAGAGUAAUGCCAGCUGGGUGAUGAAAGGAACCUUGGAAUUUUUAACAAGCAAUGACCCCAUAGCGGAGAUCCUGCGGGAAAUGUUUAUCUUCAAGAUUGUCCCAAUGCUGAACCCAGAUGGAGUAAUCAAUGGAAAUCACAGAUGCUCCCUUAAUGGUGAGGAUCUCAACAGACAGUGGAUGUCACCAAAGAGCCACUUGCAACCAACAAUUUACCACCUCAAAGGAUUAUUAUACCACUUGAACAGCAUCAAUAAAACCCCACUGGUAUUCUGUGAUUAUCAUGGACACUCUCAGAGGAAAAAUGUAUUUUUCUAUGGAUGCAGUAUAAAGGAGACCCUUUGGCAGGCUGGCUGUGUUGUGGACUCAUCCACUCUCCUUGAGGAUGUUGGGUAUAGGAGCUUGCCAAAAAUUCUUGAUAAGAUUGCUCCUGCAUUUUCCAUGGCCAACAGCAGUUUUUUAGUGGAAAAAGCAAGGGAGUCAACGGCUCGAGUGGUGGUGUGGCACGAAAUUGGGGUUUUGAGAAGCUAUACGAUGGAGAGCACUUAUUGUGGAUUUAAUCAAGGAGCAUACAAGGGCCUGCAGGUUGGAACAAAAGAACUGGAGGAAAUGGGAGCAAAAUUCUGCUUAGGACUUCUAGUUCUUCAGUCUAAGACUCUCUACAGCACAUCCCUUCUGCCUCAGGUGGAGGCUUUGAUAGAAGCAGAGCGAGAGUGUGCAGAGUAUCAGAGAACCAGCAACGCAGAUACAGAUGAUGAGCCCCUGUGUGCAGAAGAAAUUGAUUACAACACUGAAAGCUUUUCAGAUGAGGAGGCCGCGUGCUCAGAUUCGGAGAUGAACAGCAAGGAGAAAUUUUCAGACAAUGGUUAUGACACAGCAAGGGCCGGCGCACAAAGCUCUAAUGUGCAAACGCAACAUUGCUCUUCGAAAAGCAAAGAUGCAAUGACAAAAUCCCUCGCCAAGACAUCAAAGCAACAUGGCUGUUGUCCAGAGGCCGGCACGUCUCACUACGAGCAGGGAUAUGACUGCACCAGCAAGCAGCAAAUGGGACGCUGUCUAUAUUAGGAGAUAUUUUACACACACAUUAAUAUAGUGCUUGUCUCUCUGUGCUGCAUUUAAAAUACAUUUGCAAUGAACAGAUUAGACAGGGGGCUGUUAGGAGGAGGUGAGUGAAUUGCUAGUGUGAGACUUAAUAUGUAUGAAUCAGGCGCUUGGGAAUGCUGUGCUUGUGUUGUGAGAUGGAUUCACACCUGAAUCACUAUUACUACAAGGUGUAUUCCUUACCAUAAUCAAUCCCGGCCUGUACAAAAUGUAAAAAAAAGAAAAAAAAUGAAUGAAUGAAUUGAUACUGAUUCUCGGAUUCUUAAAUUGAAUUUUGAGUUUACUGUAUAAUAUGUAUAUUUAAGACUGUCAUGGCAAAACACAUUAGGGCUCGCCCUGUGCAAAGUGCGCAACUGUACACAAAUUUGCAUUAUCCCUCCCUGUAAAAACACUCCUUUAGAGCACAGUGUUUAUUUUAGCACACCACAGAUUAGUGCUUUAAAAGUACUUCAGUAGCUUCUCUUGCAGAUACAAACAAGGCAACGGUUUGGGCCUCAUUGGGCCCUUUAUCAUGUAUAGACCAGUGGUGCCAUUGAAGCACUUUUGAAGCACUAUUUUCUGUAGUUGUGGCGUGCUACAGCGCUCAUUGCUCUUUAUAUACUAUGUGACCUGUGGCAGUUUGUGUCAGCUCACAGUCUAGCACCCUACUCACAGUCUAGCACCCUACUCACAGUCUAGCAGCCUACUCACAGUCUAGCAGCCUACUCACAGUCUAGCACCCUACUCACAGUCUAGCACCUUACUCACAGUCUAGCACCUUACUCACAGUCUAGCAGCCUACUCACAGUCUAGCAGCCUACUCACAGUCUAGCAGCCAACUCACAGUCUAGCAGCCAACUCACAGUCUAACAGCCUACUCACAGUCUAACAGCCUACUCACAGUCUAGCAGCCUACUCACAGUCUAACAGCCUACUCACAGUCUAGCACCCUACUCACAGUCUAGCACCCUACUCACAGUCUAACAGCCUACUCACAAAAGAGUUCUUCAAGUAUAGCCCAGUGGUGCCAUUAAAACACUUUUGAAGCACUAAUUUCUGUAGUAAUGGUGUGAUACAGCAUACUUUGCCCUUGAUAUACUAUUUGACCAGUGGCAGUUUGUGUCAGCUCACAGUCUAGCAGCUACUCACAGUCUAGCAGCUACUCACAGUCUAGCAGCUACUCACAGUCUAGCAGCCUACUCACAGUCUAGCAGCCUACUCACAGUCUAGCAGCCUACUCACAGUCUAGCAGCCUACUCACAGUCUAGCAGCUACUCACAGUCUAGCAGCCUACUCACAGUCUAGCAGCUACUCACAGUCUAGCAGCUACUCACAGUCUAGCAGCUACUCACAGUCUAGCAGCUACUCACAGUCUAGCAGCCUACUCACAGUCUAGCAGCUACUCACAGUCUAGCAGCCUACUCACAGUCUAGCAGCCUACUCACAGCCUAGCAGCCUACUCACAGCCUAGCAGCUACUCACAGUCUAGCAGCCUACUCACAGUCUAGCAGCCUACUCACAGUCUAGCAGCCUACUCACAGUCUAGCAGCUACUCACAGUCUAGCAGCUACUCACAGUCUAGCAGCCUACUCACAGUCUAGCAGGCUACUCAGUCUAGCAGCCUACUCGCAGUCUAGCAGCCUACUCGCAGCCUAGCAGCCUACUCGCAGUCUAGCAGCCUACUCGCAGUCUAGAAGCCUAGUCACAGUCUAGCAGCCUAGUCACAGUCUAGCAGUCUACUCGCAGUCUAGAAGCCUAGUCACAGUCUAGCAGCCUAGUCACAGUCUAGCAGCUACUCACAGUCUAGCAGCUACUCACAGUCUAGCAGCUACUCACAGUCUAGCAGCUACUCACAGUCUAGCAGCCUACUCAGUCUAGCAGCCUACUCACAGUCUAGCAGCCUACUCGCAGUCUAGCAGCCUACUCGCAGUCUAGCAGCCUACUCGCAGUCUAGCAGCCUAGUCACAGUCUAGCAGCCUAGUCACAGUCUAGCAGCUACUCACAGUCUAGCAGCUACUCACAGUCUAGCAGCUACUCACAGUCUAGCAGCUACUCACAGUCUAGCAGCUACUCACAGUCUAGCAGCCUACUCAGUCUAGCAGCCUACUCACAGCCUAGCAGCCUACUCACAGCCUAGCAGCCUACUCACAGCCUAGCAGACUACUCACAGCCUAGCAGACUACUCACAGUCUAGCAGCUACUUGCAAAAGGUUGAGCAGUAUAUCAACUUCUCCAUACUUGCACUUUGUGCAAAAAUACUGGUUGCUUCCGAUUUUCUGAAUAAGGUGCAAGGUGCAAAGUACAUGGCAGUGGCAGUGUAAGGGACUUCCAUGCUUCCUUUGCAUGCUGUACCUACCCAAGCAUUUCACUUGCACCUAAUAAACCACAUGCUUUCACUGCUUCUGGUAUCUAAUGCACUGGCACAUCUCAAAUGAAGCCCCUGAUCUCACUCUAGCAAACCACCCCCCCUCACUCCACCAAACCUGGGUGCAACAGGACUGAUUAAGUAACACAGACUGCACAAUGUACUUACCAAUUGCAAGCAAUGAGCUCUGAUCUGAAUACUAAAUUUAGAAAUUGAAAGCAAAGUCCUAAAUGGUUGCGAGGGCAAUUUAGCACGUGUAAAUAAAGAUCCGGUUUACCAAAGCAGUUACAUUGGUAAAUUGCAAACAAGUUGCUUUGCUGGCUCUUUAGAAGGCUCCUGUUAUUACUCUGAAAUUCUGGGUAAAAGGUUUCACUGAGAGGAAAAAAAUGCAAUUUGCAUACACUUAGCACUUGCAUUACAAAAUGAGCCCUAUUAAAUGAAAUGUUAAUGAAUAAUAUGCUGUAGGCCAUGGCAGAAUUAAUUCUCUUGUUUCUGUUGUUUCUGAGCUACUGACUGACCUCUAAUUUACUUUUUCAUUAACAAUAACUCUGUAAUAUAUUUGAUAAAGCGGCACCCCCCUUCAAUUAAUUCCGCAACCAAAGAAUUCAGCAAACAAUACCUGUUUGUUAUAGGAAAUAAGUAACAUGACAAUUAGACUUCUUUAUUUUACUUAUUGAGUCUGACUGCGCUGAUGCAAUACUCCCUGCUGAUUCUCAGGAACUGAUGGUGAAUCCAUGGAGUCUGGAGGGGACUGAGUAUCUAAAUCAAUGUAUAAAUGAUUCAAUUCCUGAUGAUUUUUAGCAAGAAUUACAUCAAACAUACAAAUUUGUUUUUCUGUGCAAAAAAAACAACCAAACAGCAAGUCAUAUUCUGAAUCAAUGGAAUUUAGAAUAAUAAAAUUGUAAAACUGAAUAGGAGAAUUUAAUAUUUAAAAUCAUUUAAAAAUGUAUGUUUAACAAUAAUGAGUCAGAAGUGUCUAAAUAUAUUUGCUUAAUAAAUAUAAUUGUGUUUAAUAAUCAUGGGUUGCUACUAGAGAUGAGUUUUAUAGUUCUAUUUCUAUGUAAUUUGCAAUAGGUGGAUUCUGUAUUGUGCAACUGCUUAUUUUUAUUUCUCUUCGUUAAUUUGAUCAAACCAGUCAUGGAUUUGGAAAACCCAACAGAACUCAACCCUUGCUUUAUUGAAAGAAUUCUUUUAUUUGUUAGGGAAUGUAAUAUUUUGUGGGAGGGAAUGGUAUAAAUGUUUAUUUUAAACUAGUCCUAUACAGGUAUGGGACCCAUUAUCCAGAAUGCUCGGGACCUGGGGUUUUCCAGAUAAGGGGUCUUUCUGUAAUUUGGAUCUCCAUACCUUAAGUCUACUAAAAAAAA